AUGUGGCAAUGUCCGCAAACCCGUGACGGCGCCCUGAAUGUGCACCUCAUUCCUCACUCGCAUAUGGACGCUGGUUGGGUCAAGACAUACGAUGAAUAUUACUAUGGAACGCGGACUUCCGUGAGCACGGCAAAUGUCCAACUGAUAUACCACUCAGUUCUGUCGGAGCUACUUCAUGAUAAGCGACGGAAGUUCACGUUCUCGGAGACGGUGUAUUUCUGGCGCUGGUGGAAGGAACAGCGGCCGGCUACGCGCGCCACAUUCCGCGCCCUGGUGGCUGAGGGCCGCGUCGAAUUUGCGGGCGGCGGCUGGGUGCAGAACGACGAGGCCACCACUGACUACCUACAGAUUAUUGACCAGUAUACUUGGGGUCUUAGAAAGCUGAACGACACACUAGGCCCGUGCGGCAAGCCGAAGGCGGCGUGGCAGGUCGACACGUACGGACACACGCGCGAGCAGGCCUCGCUCCUCGCUCAGAUGGGAUACGAUGGACUCUUCAUUGGCCGUGUAGAUCAUAAAGAAAGAGAAUCUAUGAUAGAAGAAGACAGAAUGGAAUUUAUGUGGCGAGGAAGCAAUGUUCUAGGUAAAAUGUCUGACAUAAUGACGCACAACCUGUUCAACUUAUACAACGCGCCCGAUGGCUUCUGCUUCGACUUUCUCUGUAGUGACGAGCCCAUCAUCGACGAUCCUGAUAGCCAUGUCUACAACGCAGACGCUAGGGUGAAUGACUUCAUAGCUCAAAUAGAGCGACAGGCGAAGUACUACGACCACGACAACAUCAUGGUGACGAUGGGAGGAGACUUCACCUACCAGAGCGCCGCUAACUGGUUCAUGAACAUCGACAAACUAAUCAACCACGUGACAACCCAUCCUGCGAACCUGUCCGAUGUCAACGUAUUCUAUUCCACACCCUCCUGCUACUUGAAGGCUAUUUACAUGUACGGCAGGCGAGACAAGUCGGUCUUCACUGAGAAGAGUGACUAUUUGCCAUACGGCAGUGAUUCCACGACUUACUGGACUGGCUUUUACACUUCGCGACCAAGUCUCAAAUAUCUAGCGAGGAAAUCACACAUUUUUCUACAGGUGGUGAAGCAGUUGACCGUGAUAUCUCGUAUGGGUGACUCCUACGAGCUUCACCUGCUGCGCCACGCCGUCAGCCUGCUACUGCACCAUGACGCCAUCACAGGCACCAGUCAACAACACGUUACUUUAGACUUCAUACGAACAUUGACGGAUGCUGUCGAAUCUUGCUCUAAAAAAGUUUCCCAAUAUUUAAGUUCACUGACGCCGACGUGGGGCGGCAGCCGGCGAUCCAAGAACAACCAGCAGUUCAUCAUCUGUCACCAGCUCAAUAUGAGCCAGUGCAGGUUCUCCGAGAGUCAGGACACGAUGCUGUUGCUGGUGUACAACCCAUCCAGUAUCAAGACGUACUUCCACGUGCGCCUGCCCGCCAUCGCCAUGCACUAUUCUAUCCGGGACUAUAAUGAUGAGGAGGUGGAAUACCAGCUGAUUCCGCUGCCCGCUUCCGUCAUCAACCUGCCGGGGCGCAGCUCCAGCGCUAUCCAGGAGCUGUGCUUCGAGGCGGAGAAUAUACCGCCACUCGGCUACACAGCCUACUACCUCGCACCUAUCAGGGAUCCAUUGGAAGAGUCAUCCUUCGUUAAGAAGACACACCAUGGCCCUGAAGCUGAUCAAGAAUUAACACCAAAUAUAUCUAAUGAGUAUUUAAAAGUAACGAUAGACAAAGAGACGGGCCUGCUGGAGUCGAUACAGCACGUGGACGGCGUGAAGGUGCAGAUCUCCCAGAACUUCUACUACUAUAGCCAGGUGCAGCAGCCGCUGCAGUCCGGCGCGUACAGUUUCCGGCCCUCCAGGAACCGGCCCACGCCUGUUGCAGAGAAAGUAAUCUACCACGCAGUCCGAGGGUCAUUAAUCAAAGAGAUAAGACAGAGGUUCAGCGACUGGGUGACGCAGGUCAUCCGGCUCUAUCGCGGCGAGGAGUUUAUUGAAUUAGAGUGGAUCAUCGGACCCAUACCUGUUGGAAACGACCUCGGCAAAGAGGUGGUGAGCAUUCUGAAGACAAACAUCAGCAAUGGCGGCGAGUUCUACACGGACGCCAACAGCCGACAGAUGAUGAAGCGCAACUGCUGGAAUGAGAGCACCAGUCACCAGGUGAAGAAGCCGGUCGCGGCGUGCUAUUACCCGGUGACGUCUCGAAUCUGUUUGCGUGCCAACAAUGCCAGCGUGGAGCUGUGCGUGCUGACGGACCGUGCGCAGGGCGGCACCUCCUACAGUGAGGGCGAGAUUGAGCUCAUGGUUCACAGAAGACUUCUCACCGACGACGGUUUCGGUCUGGAAGAAACCUUGAACGAGGAGGCUUACGGGGUGGGGCUAGUGGUGAAGGGGAAGCACAGGAUCAUGUUCGGCAACUACCGACAAGAAAUGGACGAGCAGACGUUCUCGGAGCGCGUGUCCUACACAGCUCGCAAGUGGCUGAUGGAACCCUGGUUGUUCUUGGCACCAGGAGAGAAGAUCAACAGAAGGAAGUGGCAGAACGUAAGGAAUAAAAGAUACUCGGCGGUGCGGCUGCACGGGCUGCCGCGCCACAUACACGUCAUCACGCUAGAGCCCUGGAAGGCGGGUUCCGUGUUACUCCGACUUGAAAACACGCUCGAAAAUUCUGACAAAGAAAUAUUCAAAAUGGAAAAGGACACAACGGACGAGAGCCCGCGCACGACUCACAUUGUGGUUGACCUGCGCAAGAUCUUCGGGCAGCACGAGGUGCGCAUGGUGCGGGAGACCACACUCGCCGCCAACCAGUGGCUAGAGGAGGCGCGCCAGAUGGACUGGAGCACAAGGUACGUGUACUCCGGUGGAGAUGAUGGCAUCCUGCCGGAGGACAACGUCGACUACACCGACGACAAGCUUGACCGAACAGAGAGGAAAGACUCAGAUUUUACACAAGAAGAUACAUACUUCGUAAGGAAACAGUCACGCAAAAAAAUAAAUGUAACACCGAAGCAGAAAACAUAUAAGUCCAGAUAUAAGUAUGACGAGCGCCGCAAGAGGUCACUCAACAUCACCGAGAAUAUGAUCGAAGCAGUGAACGAGGCCAACGCAUCAGAUUCCAACGCGUUUAUCACCCAAGUGGAAACUACAACGAAACCGUACAAGGAGACAACAUCAUAUGAUGAAGUAGAAACGAAGAAUAACUCUAUAAUACCAACGGAUUUCAGACAUAUCGUUUUUGCACCUAAACCUGAUCUGAGCGGUGAUCUACUGAGGACCAGAUUUCGUGCGGACUCUAAAAAGUCACCAAAAAUAAACUACAACCACAGUAGGGUGAAACCAAUGAAGUUCUUCGUGGAGUGGGGCAACUGUUCAGAGGAGGUGGGCUCCACGGAGGAUGAAAAUUUCUCAUCGAACUUGAAAAAAAGAUCAGCAAGAAGAAGAAAUGGAAGCCACAGCGUGAAAACUAACAGGCGUAAUGGCGAUUUCUUUUCCAAUGAACCAGACGACGGCAUAACGCGGUCAAUGUACGAGAUGUACUACAAAAUUAAACCGGCCAACAAUCUAAAACCACGGCCCGAACCACAGACACCAGCGCCCAGAAGAUUCAAGAAGAUAAAGGGAAAGAAAAUAAGAAUAGACAAGCACGAAGAAUUAUCGAGAAUAGAACGCACGACGAGGAAAUCUAGAAGGAAUAGAAAUAAAAGAAAAGGGAAGACUUACGCCACUACAAGUAUACCCUUGGAGAUUUAUAAUACUAAAAAGAGGAUCACAAGAGAAAAACAACGUCAAAAUGCAGACAUUGGACAAGAUAAUGACAGUGAAGCCGAAAACACGAAGACAUUUUCGCAAUUGCGUAAAGCUCAAUUCACUCACAUGGCACCUAAGACAGAGCUAGCUCACCUAAGAGCGAAACGGCGUAAGGAGGCUAUGAGGAGUUACCUGGACUACGAGGCUGACACGUCAGAUGGCGCUGAGGAGGAGAGUCGGGAGGAAGGGGAUAAGUGGGAGAAUACCAGGAGGAAGAGGACGGCGAGCAAGGAGGAGGAGAUGGCGGAAAGCAGCUCCGACUCUCAGGAGAGCAACGAGUCAGAGUUCGUAGUCACACUCCGACCAUCACAGAUCCGCACCUUCGUGAUAUGGUUCGUCGACAAUCGCAAGACUUACACCUUGUAAACUUA